CAAGAAGGUGAGGACCUCCGGGGUGCUAUUGAAUUCGUUGUCCGCAGCUGUGUAGCGAUAUGGUGAUAUAUUCCAACUGGACAUCUACAAAGUAACUUUUUCGUCAUUAGAAUAAAGGUCUGCAGACAUGAGAAAACAAGUGACAUUCGUCGAGGAAGGUAAUAAAAGGGAGCACUUAACCCAGUACAGCGGCCGUCGUAUCUCAGCGACAAGGUCUGCAGGUUACUGCUACCCACGAAGAAAUAUACUCACUGGAUUUGGCAGCCCAUACGCUGAUCAGGAUGUCAGCACAGAGACACAGAAGGCAAGGACAAACUCGGGACAACAUGUCUCUGCUCAGCAGAUGAAAACGGUGCAUAUACCCAAGUCGAUGAUGAGCGCUCCUUUUCUGCAGCACCCAGACUUGACAACUGGGCAGAAAAAAUACCUGUGCAGCAUUGCAAAUAUCUACAGCACUGACCACAUGCGAAAACUAAUGAGAAGACAGUAUCAGAACACCUUGCAUCAGUGCAUGAGAACAGGUUAUAAUGCCUCAAGGGAAAACCAGAACCCAGGUGUGAAACUACAGCACCAGCAGACACGGAUGACGGCAGCAGGCAGUAAAACCGUUCCCGUCUGCCAUCACAAGUGCAAGCCCACCAGUGACAGAAACACGGCCACGGCUCACAGCGAGAGGCUCGUCCUGCCCAGGAUAGCAGGUCAUCACAGGGCGGUAUGCAGCACUUCAGCUCCGAAUGAAAAUCAACCUAGAAAAUCCAGGAAAGAAUCAUGUGCACCACAGAAUACUUCUGUAAGAGAUGCUGAUACAAAGAAGGAGCUUGGCAAGAAGCGAAGACAGACUGGAGAAGACACACUCAGUGAAAACAUAAGCUCACUGUCACUUGAAGAGGAGGAACAAAAUCCAUCUGCUAAUUGAUAUUACUGUCUGGAGGCAAGAGAGAAAACAGCCCUGGCUCCAAAGGUGGGGGUCAGAAGUCACAUGGGGAGAUUUCAAGAAAUGAGAGAAACUGUAACGGUUACCAGAAUCCUCUCUUAAUAUAGAAUAGAAUAUAGCUAUACAAUUAACGUGGUUGUGUUACAGUGGGGCUCUUUUAAUGCCGGUCUACCAUACUCUGAUUAUAGAUGCCUUGGGGUAAACGUCUGAAUGUGACAUGUUUAAAUCUGAGGAAAAUAAAAUUAGCAUAGCCUAAAUUUUAAAAUGGUGAUGCACAGUGAUAACAUUUCAUUUUAUAUAGUGAUCCACGUAAUAUAAUCAGGGUGAUAGACUACAGUGACAUUGUGCACUUCGGGGACCACUAGGGGGCACUAGAUCCACUUCCAUUUUUGACUUUCCACAGCAGUGCCCCACCAUGAUGACUGUGGACACUGUGCUGUAGGAGGUGGGGUCCUCUGGGUGAGAUGCUAAACCAGUCUUCUGAAAGCUGGUUAUUAAAGAACCCCUGGCACUAUUCGUAAGAGUAAGGCAGUGAACCCCAUUGUCCUGGCUAACUUUCAAUCUAGUCUACCUCAAGAUUCCUCCUAAUUCAACUGGAGGAGCAGUUUCUCCCUUGUCCACCUGACCAGCUGGGUAGUUUGGCCACUGGCACAUAUUAGCUGCCACAAAUCACUGAGGAGGAUGCUGCAUUUCAGAAGAGGACAGUGUAGGUCCCCUUCUAAAUGUAAAAGGUUUAUAUAUCUAAAUAUAAUACCAGUAUUCUAUUUAAGUAUUGUAUGUACAGUGUAUAAAAAGAUAACUAAGAUAUGUUAAGAUAUGAAAUAAAGUUAACUAAGAUAUGUGAUGUUUAAGUAUUUAUAAUUCAAAUAGAUUAACAGAAAAAAAAGCUUAGUAUAUUUGUCUACAUAUAAAGAAACAAAGAACAUCUGAAGUAUUAGGUGUUGGUAGGCCAGUUUUAUUAUUGAAUGCUUUAAUUGAAUCCUCACAAUUCAAAUAGUUUAACAGAAAAAAAACCUUAGUACAUUUGUCUACAUAUAAAGUGAAAUGAAGAACAUCUGAAGUAUUAGGUGGUGGUAGGCCGGUUUUAUUAUUGAAUGCUUUAAUUGAAUCUUCACGUUGAAACCAUAAUUAAAAGCAAAUGAAUCCCAAA